UCCCAUAUCUUGGUGUAUUGUGUUAUCUUCAUUCUGAAAGCUAGAAUUUUGGUUGCGAUUUCUUAACAAUCUUGGUUGACAACAUGAAAUUCACAAAAAAAAUUUUAAUUUGCCAAAUAUUUCUGGUGUUGUUUUUGCUACCCGUGGUCUUGGGUACAGCCACCGCUGAACCAGCUUGCAAUGACAUUGAUUGCAACCAGGAUCCACGUUGCUGUUUCGAAGAUGAAAGUUUUGUAAGGACACGAAGGCGGGCAGUAUCUCCCAAAUCAACUGGUGAAUAUCAAAGAUUCAAUAAUGGUCGAAGUCCCAAACAGCAAAUGCAACCACAACAGUCGAUACAAAUAACUAGACCGGCAGCUCCUAAUACACAUCGUGAUAUAAAGGAAGAAACUCCCAUAGAAAGACUAGAGGAAAACCCAUUUCAAUGUCAUUUUUAAUAUGGGCAUUUGAUAUUAGGGCAAAGAACAAUGUUUUUAACAGAAUAAAACUUUGUUCUAUAAAUAGAUA